CCUAAAUAAACAUGGGGAGCAGGGACAAGGUUAGAGCUGGUUCCAGGGCAACAGAGGACAGUCCAUGCUCAGUUUCUAGCGCUACGCGAGCCCCCAUGCAGAGUCUUGCCCCUCCAAGAAGAUGCAAGGUGAUCUACGAUGCGCGGUCCCCCGGAUAGAGAGCUAAGGUCGGGAUAACACGCGUAGUGUUAAAAAUUGAGAAUUAGUUACUUCCGUGCGCUAAAAGCUCGAAAAAGGAAACACAUUAAAUCCGAGAUUGACGCUUAAUCAACAUCCCACAUGAUUGGUCACUUAAAUCCCGACUGGCACUUGUAUCUGACCCCGCAAGAGCUCAUUUUACUUCUGAGUGAGGGGCUCUCGUGUGUAUGAGUUAGACGGGUUAAUACCACAGUUUGCGGAUCUUGCUUGGCCUUAAACAAAUCGCCUCAGAAGGCCUCAAUUCUUAUGGCUGCUAUGUAUAGGAAGCACUUCACCCCUCUGGAAUCUGACCCGUUCAUUUUCACUUCUUUGAUCCGCUCCCUUGGAGCUCCUUCGUCUCUGGCCUUUGAAGAUGUUUAUUCCCUAGAUAAACCACAAGUUCCCCCACAUCCAGCUCUUGCUUUGAUUCUUGUAUUUCCUACAAGCGAGAAGUGUGAGAAACAGACGAUGCUCGAGGACUCAAAGCGAAGUGAAUAUGUUGAUGGUGGAGAGAACGACGAUAUCAUCUGGUUUAAGCAGACCAUCAACAAUGCAUGUGGAAAUUAUGGGUCAAUUAUCGUACAAGCCCGCUGUCAGCCACACGAGGAUAAUGUGAACAAAUGGUUGUUCUUUGAGGAUAAUUCGGAGGAACGGCUGAUAAAGGAGAACAUGCGCGUCCCAAUACUUCAUGUGAAGGAUUGCAAAUAGUACAUCAUUAGGAGGAUCGCCGUUCCAACGGUAGCAUGGAAGCUGUUGUUGGUAGGUACGUACGUAAAUGAAAAAAAAAAAACAAUAUAACAAGUAAAGCAAAGUAAUG